UCUCUGCUGCCGACAGCGCGUUUCUUGGAGUCUGUUAAACAUGAGUGUCACUUCUCCAACGGGACGGAGCGGGUGCGCUACCUGGACAGAUACUUCUACAACCUGGCGGAGUACGUGCGCUUCGACAGCGAGGUGGGCGAGUACCGCGCGGUGACCGAGCUGGGGCGGCCGGACGCCAAGUACUGGAACAGCCAGAAGGAGCUCCUGGAGCAGAAGCGGGCCAGGGUGGACACGUACUGCAGACACAACUACGGGGUUGGUGAGAGCUUCACUGUGCAGAGG